AUGAAGACAUUAAGGGUGGCUAUCGAAGGAUGUUGCCACGGUGAUUUGCAGAAAAUAUACAAUGGAAUCCCCUCGUCUACUGAACUUCUACUAAUAUGUGGUGACUUUCAAGCUUUACGCAGCACAUCUGAUUACCAAGCAUUAAAUGUGCCUGAAAAAUAUCGUCGCUUAGGCGACUUCCAGUCUUAUUAUACAGGCAAGAAAAAAGCACCAGUACUUACUAUAUUUGUUGGUGGUAACCACGAGUCGUCGUCGUAUUUGCAAGAAUUGAAAUACGGGGGGUGGGUGGCACCUAAUAUAUAUUAUCUCGGUGAAUUUGGAGGUGUACAUUACAAAGGACUUUCAAUUUGCGGUUGGAGUGGUAUAUACAACCCACACACGUAUAUGAAUCGGCCAUUUAAUGUGGAAAAGUUGCCUUUUGAUUCUAGUUCCAUACGGAGUGUCUAUCAUCAGAAAUUGCCCAAUUUUUUGAAAAUGUAUUUGAUGAAAGAUAUAAAUGUAGUUCUUAGUCACGAUUGGCCAGUUGGUAUUGAACAAUAUGGAGACAAGGAGAAAUUACUCAAACAAAAACCGUAUUUCGCUCAAGACGUCAAGAAAGGACAAUUGGGUAGCCCGUUGAAUAAAGUAUUGUUGCACCACUUAAAGCCACAAUACUGGUUUAGCGGGCACCUACAUGUCAAGUUUGAGGCUAAUGUCAACCACAAUAAGCCUGAGCCGAAACCGGUCAAGAACGUUAAUGAGAUAUCGUUGGAUAUGGAUAGCCUGGAUGAAGCAAGUGAUGAUGAUAGUCAAGAACAUAAAAAGGUGAAGCCAAAUGCACACGUGGAGCAUGAUACACAUUUUCUUGCAUUGGAUAAGUAUGGACCUCGUCGAUCCUACUUUAAAGUCAUUGAUGUUCCGAUUCUGGAAAACCGUUCACAUCCUUCUGUAGACAGUGAAGAAUUGUACUAUGACAAACAAGCCAUAGCGAUAAAUCGAGUGGUUGAAAGGUAUGCAACUGACCAUAAAGCUGAAUUUGAGCUAAUAGAUCCUAGGGAGGUGCUAAGAAACCAAAAGAAAUUUGAAAAGUUUAUCCCACUUGUUGCCAAAGAGCUAGAGAAGUUAGACCAAUUGGAUGAUGGCCUGUUUAAAAUACCGAGAAACUUUGAGGUUGUUGCACCAGCUGAUCACGAGGGAGACUUGAAGUAUUUUCCAAAUAAUCAGACAGAGGUUUAUUGCCGAAAAUUUGGCAUACCUCCGCCGGAUCUUUAG